AUGCAUCGUCUUUUUGCUGAGCUGGAGCUAUCUAUAACCGUCACCGAGCAAAACUUGGCAGACCGAGUUCAGUAUAUCUUGCGCUCAAAUAUAUUUGAUGUUGCCGAACUCGAACGGCUACGACGUGAGGCUGUUCCUUCAUCGGGUGAAAAUGCUAGGGCUGAGGAUGCGGCGCCACAACUUGCAGAGCAAACGGCAAACGUGGAUGCCGCCGUGAAUACCCCAGUUGUGGUUGAUUCAAACGAUGAUCGAACAAUCGCCCAGGAACUGGAACUAGAUGCAAAUGAGGAGUACAUUGGAAGAGGCGAUUGUGUAAACGCGCAAUACACCUCUCGAAAAUCGACCGCGACUUCCCCGCAUAGGCCUAAGCAAGCGGAAUCGGGCUAUCGUGAGGGCUCUGAACCCAAUGCUAGUGACCUAUUUGGAACCCUACCGGGACCUUUGCGAGACGGACUCAAUUUUUUUUGGCGCCGCACUGGCAGUCUGCCGUAUUAUAGGCGCCAAACUCUCCACGGCUGGACGCGCUACUGUUCAAAGUAG